UGAAAAAAGGGAAAGGAAAGUUUAUUUAUUUUAAAGUCAAAAUAUUUAGAAAAAAAAAACUUAAAUAAAAAUUAAAAUUUUCCAAAUUGCUUCAAAAUGAACAAUUCUGUUGAAGAUUUGUCAAAUAAAAUGGAAAAAACUCAUUUAGAGGAAAAUAGUUCACCUUUUUUAGAAUUGAGCAAGGAAUUAAAUUUAAAAGAGGUUUGUAAUUUAAUUGAUAAAUUGUAUGUGGAACUACUAAGUUUGACUGAACAACAUAUUAGAUGUAAAAUUGAAAUGGAAAAGCGUCAAAAUGAAGGAAAUUUACUAAUAGCGAAAGCUAGAUACAUACAAGGUGGGAAAACAGUCUCAGCUGCACAACUGCCAACUGAUGAGGGUCCAGAAUUUAGUGCUCUAGUUUCUGUUUCUAAAAUUGAAUCUAUUGAGAAUUUAAGUAAUAAGAAGAUAAUUCUAGAAAAACAUUCUGUUGAUAAAAAUAAGGGUUAUUUGGAUCCCAUAAAAUGGUUUGGUGUGCUAGUACCUAGAAGUUUGCAUUUUGCGAAGGAAAGAUAUCAACUAGCUAUCGAUUUGAUCAUAGAAGAUGUAAACAUUCAGCAAGAACUUUUAACAGUAAUGAGCUCUAUUGAAAAAUUAAAGCACAUAAAAAGUAUAUUACAGAAUUCAGAGUAAUGUUCCAAAAAUAUUUUAUUCCAAUAAAACACUAUUGUAAAUUCCUAACAAUACUACUCCAUGUAUCCAGAACAAUAAUUAUGCAAAAAUAGUUUGAAAUGAAAUAUAUUUUAAUGCUUUUUGAAAACAA